CUGGUGGAAUGGAGACCCGUCGGAAUGCUCUGUUGUCUCUAGGUGGACUUCAUCCUGACAACAUUCAGCCUGCCAUUUCUGUCCAUCACACAAGGACACGGCAAUCUCAAUUAUGACAACGUCUGUAGUGAAGAGUGAUGAUGGUCGUUCCCUGUGGUCCAGUAUCUCUUUAGUCGAUGGCAUGCAAGUCCUCUACGCUAGCAACCGGAGCGAUGGAGAUAUUGCUCGAGAACUUGCCCCGCUCCCAUACUGCACUCUCUCAAGGUAUUAUACUCUUCUUCAACUCAUUGUUUUGCUGUUGCUCCAGCUGCUGCCGAGUUCAUGCGGAACACGAGGUGAACCCAGACCCAUCUGCACUCCUGGAUCUCUCUGUCUCCCUUUGCUUUUCAUAAAGUGCCUAGUAUUUGGCUUUGCUUUCGAUUCAUGAGAAGGACUUCAUUUCCCAACGGUGUGCCAGGUAAGUUUCUAGCGAUCAGUGGAUAGAUAACCCUUCAUGACCUGCAAUGAACUAAAACUUUAUGAAGGCUUGAAGAACAAUAUCUUGAAACCCCAUCGAGAACCAAACGCCAGAAAUGAACCACACUUCCACGAGGAAGUAGAAGCAGAAGUGAGAGCAUAGUACCAAUGGCAAGUCAUGGAUUCUCCUGCUGAUUGAACCAAUUGCUACAAGAGACGAACCCUAUCUUUGCGAGGGAUCAGUUGCUCUCUCAUUGUCAACACUCCCAUAAUUCUGCUCGACCUACACAAGCUUGUGUCGCUGUCACAACGAGGCUCAACAGAUCCAGACAAGGCCCACACUGAAUGCCACAUCUUCAAUAACUAACCGACCAGACCAAAUCUAGUCUUCAAUAAAGGUCAACAAUUCGGGUAUUCCGUGCCGUCAUUUUUU